GCCCUGUCCCCCCUUCCUUCCCCUGCAGAGCUGGCCAGGAUGUACAAAAACGAAGGGAACGAGUACUUCAGGGAGAGGGACUACAACAGAGCUGUCAUCGCCUACACCGAGGGGCUGAGAAAGAAAUGCGAGGACCCAGAGCUGAAGGCCGUGCUGCACGCAAACCGAGGGGCCGCCCAGUUUUAUCUGGGUAACUACCGGUCUGCUCUUAAUGAUGCCAUCCAAGCGAAAAAGCUAAAGCCCACCCAUCUCAAAGCAAUAAUAAGAGGAGCUCUCUGUCACAUGGAGCUAAAGAAUUUCUCUGAAGCAAUAGCAUGGUGUGAGGAGGGCUUGCGAAUAGAUUCAAAAGAGAAAAAGCUUGUGGAAAUGAGAGCUAAAGCUGACAAAUUAAAGCGAGCUGAAGAGCGGGAUGCAAGGAAAGCAAAGGUGAUGGAGAAGAAAGAGCAGCAUCAAAAGGAAAAUUUGCUUGCAGCAAUAAAGGAAAGAAAUAUCAAGCUGGUUCUUGAGCCUUCAAAUGAAGAGGAGGAAAUAUCAGAUGGCCUGGCUGAGAUAUCCUUAGAUGGGUUCCACACUGACAAUGCCACUGGCGCCAAGGUACACUUAGAUGCUGAUGGCAACCUAAACUGGCCUGUCCUUUUUCUGUACCCUGAGCACGAGCAAACAGACUUCAUUGCAGCUUUUCAUGAGAACUCCAGGUUUAUUGAUCAUUUAAUGGUGAUGUUUGCUGAGUUACCUCCUUGGGAUUUAGAAAGAAAAUACCUUCCCAGCAAUCUUGAGCUCUAUUUUGAAGAUGAAGAAAGAGCAGAAAUGUACGAGCUGAACCCAGAACACACAUUGCUACAAAUGCUGCAGCACCAAAGGUAUUUUGUAAAGGCUGGGACUCCAGCAGUUUUGGCAUUUGUAAAGCGUUCUCCUUUCUCUAAGAAGUACUUCUCUGGCAAGAAGGUGCAUCGACUAUAA